AUGACAUCGCGCUUCCAUCGGGCUCUAAAUGCUCGCCAGGUAUUGGAGGUGCCUAUGGACGAUGUCCGUUUUAUCUCCUUCAAUGCUCAAAUACGCUCAAUCGGAACACAAAAUCUCAAUGGUUGCACAGCUGUUGGGCUUUUCAGUCCUGCUGGAGCAAUUAUGACCCAUAUUCCCCCCAACCCAGAUCCCAGACUGGGGAUUGCGAAUUUGCGUCGCUUGAUGGGGCAAUUCAUCUUGCUCUAUCAUCAACAUCUUGCCGAAUUUCCUAGCGAUGUGACGUCAAUUGUGGUCGGUGGCACCUACAGAGGUACAAUGGCACUGGAGGAUCACUUGACAGAAAUACGCAGCAUACUCAGCAGGGAGGGCAUCAGUCCUGGAUUCAGAUCUUACAGCGUGAGCUAG